GCCCGGCAUUGGCUCGGAAUAUUUGCUAAUUACAACAUGUCCAACUCGGUAAAUAUAUCGGUGGAGACAACGUGCGAGAACCAGAUACGUGAAAUAGCCUACGAUGGCACCGAACUGUACCAACCUCCGCCGACGCUCUCCGAGAGUCUCGCCAAAUGCGCGGCACGCAUCGACUUUAGCAAAACAUCGCUAGAUGAUUUGAAGAAGGAGGAGAAAUCGGCUGCCGCUGCCGAAGAUAAGGAGGACAAGGAUAAUCAAUUCCAGGAGAGCCUUUGGCCCUGGGAUGCAGUGCGCAAUAAGCUAAAGGAUGCCUACACUGAAAUCUGUGUGCUGUCCGAUGUAAUUUCCAUAGCCAAGGAUAAGCGUUACCUGGUCCUAGAUCCAUUGCUGGAGGAUGGCGACGACACCAAGGCCAUUGUACAGGUUUACAGUCGCAAGAAGGCCCUUUCUCAGGCGGCCCAAGUGUUGCUAGGCGGCGCCGAGCGAUUGCGCACUGCCCACAGCGAGCAGCGUAGUCGCAACGUAUCCGAUUUUCACAUUGAACUGCUGCGCUUGCGCCAGAACUGGCGCCUGAAGAAAGUGUCGAACGGAGCCAUCAUUGGUGAUCUCAGUUAUCGCACUGCUGGCUCCAAGUUCGGCAUGAGCGGCACAUUUGAGGUGACCAAGGCAGAGGAUACACUGGACGAGGAGGGUGGUGCUGGAACAAGUGCGACUGCCUCCGCAGCAUCCAGUGCCAGUAGCAGCAACAAUGGUAUGCAGCUAAAAGCUAGUUCGGCAUUGCGCGUCAUUGUGCCCGCAGAGCUACAGGGCGUUGCCUACAUAAAGGUGAUCACCCAAAAGGAUCAGGAAGAUCUCUGCACUGCCCAGGUGAAUCUGAUGGGCCAUGGUCCAAACAUUACCGCCCAGGUGGGCGUUUGGCAAAAGACGCUGGAGUUCGCACAGAAUGUACUCUUCUGCAAGGAGCUGUUUGCUCAGUUGGCACGCGAGGCUAUUCAGCUACAGGCGCCAAUUCCGCAUGUGGUCAUUGGGAAUCAGAUACGUGCCACACUUCUACCCAAUAUACAGCUAAUCAUUUCGCUGUGCCACUCGACCAGUUUCGAUUCCAGCCAGCCGGCGCCUAUUAACGAUCAUGAUCAUGUGCUGGAGCACUCGCUGCAUCAGCUGCUAAGGGAGGUGCAUUACAAGAACUCUCAUCAUCCGUUUCCGCAUCCGGCGAGUGCACCGCUUGGUCCCAGCAAAAAACGCAUGCUCGCCGGUCCAACAGCUGCCGAUCGUGAAGCACUGCUGGACAUGACCAAAACACAAACAAUACUCGAACAGAUCAUUGCACAGGCACAGCACAUCUUCAUGCGCAAACGGACGCAGUACGUGCUCGAUACGCUGGCACGCGAUGUCAAGGAUCCGCAAAUUGUAUCGCACUGGAAUGCUAUGAACAGCCCCACCAUGUCCUGUGUAAAGAUUAAUAUUGUGACACAUGGAUAUGAUGCAAUUGGACGAACAUCGCUGGUCAUUCAUGUGAAGGAGCGUUCGCUGAAGUGCAUCUGCCGUGAUGGACGCGUCAUGCGACUGUCGUAUGAGCCGCAGGAGCUGCGGGACCUCAUACUCUGCCAGAUCAAUUCGCAUCAGAUUAGUUGCUUGGUCAGCUUGGCGCGUUGCAUGGCCUGGACGGUGCUCUCGAAUAGCAAUCAUCUUGGCAUUGGCAAAGUGGAGCCGCUGGGCAAUGCCAGCUCCUGUCUGUUAGCAUCACCCAACAGCGAUCGCAUGAUUGCCGUCCAGAUACGCUGCGAUCCGCAAAUUGAUGUCAAAGUUUAUAUUGCGCGCAGUCCGCGACAGGACUUCUUUCCCAGUCCGCUUGUCCCCGAGAAGUUCUGGGAAAAUUUGGGUGGCAAUUUCAAAGAGGUGCGCUUCGACAAAAUUGAGGGCAAGAGUUUUCUUAAUAAAAUGGAAUUUCUGAUGGCAUCGCUGACCAGCAACACGGCCUGAAUUGAAGCACGCAAUUUAGUUGUCUAGCAUAUUAUUAUUAUUUUUUAUAGUUGUAAUAAAAAUUAGUUACUUAAAUAAGCACACAUAUUAGAUAUAUAGGCAUAGAAAUACAGAUACAAUUAAAGAAA